AUGGCCAAAACCGCAGUCGCUUACAAAGAGAAGAUGAAGGAGCUGUCCCUUGUCUCUUUCAUCUGCUCCUGCUUGUACCCAGAGGCUCGGAACAAGAUGAUGGGCGAGUUCGAAGACAUGAAGGUUACGCCCAUUAACAAGCGAGCUUCUGGACAAGCCUUUGAAGUGAUCCUGAAAACGCCUUCCCCUACAUCUGAGGGGGGUUACAGCAUCACCUCUCCCCCCAAGAAGAGGGACGUUUCCCUGGAAGACAUUCAGAAGAAGCUGGAGGCAGCUGAGGACCGAAGGAAAUCUCAGGAGGCUCAGGUGCUAAAGGCUCUGGCCGAGAAACGUGAGCACGAGCGCGAUGUGCUGCUCAAGGCUAUGGAGGAAAACAGCAACUUCAGCAAAAUGGCAGAGGAGAAGCUUAUCAUGAAGAUGGAGCACAUCACCAAGAACCGUGAGGCUCUGCUCACAGCUAUGCUGGAGCGCCUACAGGAGAAGGAGAGACAUGCCCAGGUGGUACGUAGGAACAAGGAACUGCGGGAUGAGCUGAGUGCAGAAGAAGAUCUCCAGUUCUAA